AUGUCAUAUUUGACAGGGCUUUUGAGUGUAGUGUCAUUGUGCGUUGUGAUUUCUGCGUUAAAAACUCCGAAACAAGUGAAUAUUACAAAAUGUUGCAAAUUCGAGGAGUACCUUAAGAUAGGAGACAAAGUUUGUGUUCAAAACUCUUCUAGUUCGUGGAAUUUAGAAAUAUACAAUGCUCGAAAAGCCAAAUUCGAGAUACACAGUGAAUUACCUUUGAAUUGGAAGGUAAAAGACGGUAUAAUGCCACACUGUGCAAAACCUCAACAGCUCCUUUUCCAAGGCAAGAACAACUUUCCGUUUUUGAACGGAUCGGUAUUCAGCGUUGAGUUCAACCGUCUUUUCCAUCCAAAUGAGUUUUGUUUUGACUACAGCUCUGCGUUAGUGUGCUUAAAUAUUCCGGAAAAUUUGGUUAUUGUUAAGAAAUGCUGCGGGGACAAUGCGAUUUUUUCACAAAUAAACGGGACUUGUAUACAUUUUAAGGAUAAUAGUUAUAAGAUUGAUGUGGGUCAGAACAAAACAUUGGGUGCAGGUUUCCCUACGUGCGCUGAAAACAAAAUGCAUGUGGUUGGCGAGCUACACAAAUCCAAGAUUUUUAACAACGGCAGCUUGUUUGUUGAUAACAAGUUUCAUUUGGGAGCUGGCAAUUUUUGCUUGGAGCAUGUCUUGGAACAAACAGCUGAUCAAAAUACAUUCUUCCUUUUUCUGAACAAUUUAUUUUUAAAUAUUGGAGAUCUUUGUAUUUUGCCAAUGAAAUGGGCGGUGACUCAGUAUAGGAUCGAGAAGGAAAAAUGA